AUGGGCUUGGAAGGGUUUAACUGUGCGUGGGAUUUCACCAUUAAUCUUGUUGAGGUUACACUAACAGAAUGCUCCGAAGAUGACUAUCAAUAUGAAGAGGUACCAGCAGAUGAUGAUUUUAGCCUACAAGAAGGCGAUGAAGACCUGGCAAAAGCCUUACAGACUAUGGAAGACCAGGCUAUUGAUGCCCAGAUUAUGGCUCAACGACCAGGCCAGAUAAUGAAGCAUGCGCUGUCUGACAUACCUGAAGCCGUAGAUGACUUCCUCUGCAACUUUCUAGUCAGAAUGGGGAUGAACAGGACUCUAGACUGUUUUCAAACUGAAUGGUAUGAGCUGAUGCAGAGAGGUUUGCUUGAACCCAAAGACGUUGGAUUUAUUCCAGAUGUAUACAGCUGCAAUCAACAUUUGGAAAGGGAAAACAAACGUUUACAGAAAGAACUGGAGAACUACCAGCUUGUGGCCACCAAAGCGAAGGAGGCCCUGCUAAAGAUGCAGAGAGAGCGUGACUUCCAUCGAAUGCACCAUAAGCGAGUGGUCCAAGAAAAGAACAGGCUGAUUAAUGAUAUUAAACGGCUGAAAGCACAUUAUGCAUCAUAUGAGCCAAUGUUACAGCAGCUGAAUGAAAAAUACGAGACUCUGUUGAGGCAGAAGAUGCUAACCAGCCUGGAAAGAGACAGAGCUGUUGGGCAGGUCACUGGCUUGCGAGCCACCUUGCAAAGUCUAGAACCCGGAAGCAACAUACAGAUAUCGAUGUUGAGAGGUCAUAGGAAUGAAAAAGAGGAUGGAGUGGAAGGACCUACCCAGAGAGCGCUCAAAGAAGCCAAGGUGUCUUCCGGGGUUUGUCUGAAUGACCCGGCCAAAGGUCCAGUGAGGCAGAUGGGCAAGAGGUACCCAAAGGAUUCCGAGUUUCCUGAAGAUAUUCAAGUCAACCCUUACCUUGCUCGUGCAAAAGAGUGUGUGCGGCCCCUGAAGUCCGGAGUGUACAGGCUAAGCAACACGCUGAAAGUGCAUGACCUGGCCGUGAGCUGCUUGGCUUUGCACCCCAGGAAAGACAUCGUCGUCACAGGCAGCGAUGACCGUCUGUGGAAAAUGUGGGCCUUCCCCAAUGGCAACAUCAUCAUGAAAGGUGAAGGCCACACGGACUGGCUCUCCGGGUGCUGCUUCCAUCCCAGCUUGGCUUUGCACCCCAGGAAAGACAUCGUCGUCACAGGCAGCGAUGACCGUCUGUGGAAAAUGUGGGCCUUCCCCAAUGGCAACAUCAUCAUGAAAGGUGAAGGCCACACGGACUGGCUCUCCGGGUGCUGCUUCCAUCCCAG